AGCCUUCAGCGCAUGCGCGUGCUGCAGUCGACAUGGUCAAAAUGGCGACGGCCGUCGGAGGAUAGGACGCAGAUUUUGGCAGUUUUUGCCCAGAAAAGACGCAUUUCGUCUUCGUCUGUGAUGCUAAACGAUGGCAGAACGAAGGAGGAUUAUACCGUCGUCGGUGGGACCACUUUUCCCGGUGAAGAAAGAGAAGGAAACGGCGCCGUCUAUGCGGUUCAAGUUGAACCUCAAAGAACCCAGCGAUAAAACCUGCUCCGUGUUUUCGUAUUGCCAGCUCGUUAAAAAUGCCGUGCAGGGAGAGAAGAGUGGAAAUGGCCCUCAGAAAUCAUUUAACGAACUGGAUGAGGAGGACAUGGAUGGAUUGGAGUCAAUCGCCAAGAAAUUUGAGGAGAAAUACGCACCCAAGACAGGGAAGAAGAAGAGGAAUGCAUUUAUUGAUGAUCUGAUAGAUGUGGGCAUGGGAUAUGAUGAGACAGACCCAUUUGUGGACAACUCCGAAUGUUAUGAUGAGCUCGUCCCAGAUGUCCUGACGACCCAGUUUGGAGGGUUCUACAUCAACCAGGGGCAACUUCACUUCAGAGAGAAGUCCGACUCUGAUAACAGCGCAGACUUCAAAGAUAUGACACGGAGGAAGAAAACACCAAAGAUACAUAAGAAGCAUCGGAGGACAUCAGAUGGCGAUAGAAAGGAAGGCAAGAGGAAAAGGAACCUAUCCUCCUCAUCUGAUAAGGCUGCCAAGAAGAUGAGAAAACAGCUACAAAGACAGUUUGGAAAACCAGGCAGAAAGAAGAAGAGUUUAUCCAGCCGCAUUCCAACCGUCGCUGAGCUGCUCAAACAGCGUGAGGAAGCCAAACAGCAUGAAAUCAUCUCAGGGCCAUCUCCCAGUAAAUCCAAUGCAACGAGCGCUACCAGCAAUGCAGCUCCUCGAGUCCCUGCAACCAACACCCAAACUCCCAAACCUAACGGCCUACCGGCGGCUGUGGAGGUUACAGACCUCAACGCCUCCCUAGGUGACAUCGAUCCUUCUCUGGACCUGGGUCUGAUCAUGUCAGACCUAAAGAUGGACAGUGACAUGGCGGCGGCCAUGGAAGAAGCUCUGAAGGGACCCAUGGGUGGGGCUGACAUGCCCCAGGACCCGACGGUGGGAAACAAGGGUGGGGCCUCGCUUGGACCUCAGGGGGAUGAUGGAACAGACGGAGAUGAGGAAGUUCCCUUACCGAGUGGACUGCCAUCGACACUCGUUUACAAUGUGGACAAAAUCAGAGAGGCUGCAAGAAAAUCUGUAGAAGGCAAAUGCAAGUUCUUCACAGCAGCUGUAAAUGGUUUACUUUUGAAAAUAGAGAACCAAUCCAGGGAGCUGUCUUGUGGGGCGCGUUCCGUUCUCUACAGCCAUCUUGCCUACAACCUGCCAUGCACCAAGGAAACGCUCUUGAAGAGAGCUAAGAAGUUACGCUUGAACGCCCACGACAGUCACCUGAAGGAACCCCUGCAGAAACUAAAAGAAGCAAUUGCCUUGGCAAUGCCGGCCCAGUUAGAGAGAUACCAGCAAGAAUGCCAAACUGCAGCACAGGACAAAUACAAUGCAAUGAUGAACAAAAGUCAAACACCAGAGGAUGACGCCAAGUCCAAGGGAACAAGAGGACUUGUACCGUCCAAGAAGUUCAAGUGGAAUGAUGGAAUGAGGGAACUAUUGUGUGCCAUUGUGAGUGUUAAACUUCAGACCUACAAGCUCUCCAAAAUCCGCACUCAAUCAGCCGAAGACUACCUCAAAGCUUACCUGGAGGAUGAAAUCAAACCGCUGUGGCCUGCUGGCUGGAUGCAGACAAGAACGCUGUUCAAGGAGUCACGAUCGGCCCAUGGUUCCAUCACCUCAAUGGAUCCAAAGCAGAGAAGGAUGCCUAACCCUGCUGCCAAGAAGCCCACGUCUGCCAAGACAUCACCUCAGGAAACGCUGAAUCCUUCCCAGGUCAAACAGACAGACUACGGCCACAAACAAGACAAGCCUGAUGCUCCUGGCAUCUCAACGGACAGCAGUCAGGAUUCCUACGUGCGUACUCUCCUGGACUUUGCAAGUGACAGCUCUAAACCAGAUUCUGACAUAGCUGCAACUGACCCUCAGCAAGCCCCAGCAAAGGACCUGGUGGAGUCCAAAUCUGUCGGUCGACCCAAAGCUACCAGUUCCUCAGAGACUGUAUUGCAUCGAGUGAGAGACCCAAGGGAUCUUGUGGACUUGCUUAUCGCAGAGCAGCUAGCAAUGCAUGAUAAGGCAGACAGCAGCUCAGGUGUCGCUUCUAAGAAAGCUGCUGCAGAUCCUCGAGCAAAAGCAGCAGGCGCUCCAAGUAAGAGAGACCCGCCGCCAGAGGAACCCUCUGCAAUGGCACUUCAACUUGAAAUUCUGCGGCAGGCUGCGAUGAUGACGCAAUCCAAAGAUUCCUGGAUAGGUGAAGGUGGCUCUUCCAGGAAAGAACAGCCAUCUUACAGUGAUGACAUCAAGGCUUUGUCACAAGCAACUGCUGCUGCAAGUAGCAGCCACAUCUCAGGCAGAACCACACAUGGACCAACACCACAGCCAAAGGCACCAUCUAAGACAGCCAAAACAAGCUUCCAGUUGGAAUUUGAGAAAAUGUACUCGAUGACUGAAAAGACCAAUCCUACGACAGUACCUGAGGUGAUCAAAGUAACGCCCACUUCCAGCCACAAGUACAAAACGUCUGCGCCACAGCCAGAGCAAGUGGGUCUGUCUGCGAGUUCCAAAUUGGCACAGCAGAAGUCUGCUUUUGAGAAGUUGAGACUAGCCGGACAGGUACCACCAGGUUUUGACUCGUCAGCUCAGGCCUCACAACCAGUUGUAAAACUUACUCGCCAUCCAAACCUCUCAGCAGCUGUUGGCAUCAAAUCAAGCACCGAUUUGAAAGCGCAAACUCGCAAGUUGGUGUCACCUUCAAACACCCACUCAUCAAAACGGGAGCCCCUUGCUGCAUCACAUCGUGUGUCACAGCAUGGAAACACACCGAUAGUGACUUGCACAUCGCCAACCAUGCCUGUCAAGACACCAACAACCACUUUGAGUAGUACCAGUAGUGGCUACCCAGGGAGGGCCGACACUCACUUCCAGUUGAUUUCUCAGGCAGGAGAUCGCUCCUCAUCUAGCAAACACACAGGGAAAGUAACCCCUACCACACCAGCUUACACCUCCCCCUCCCCUCCCAAAGGGUCACCUCACUCUCUCCGUACUUCUCCUUACUCUACAUCUCCUGGUCAAGUAGUGCCAGCUUCCACGUCACCACGCCGCACCUCCCCGCUCGGACAAAAGGCAGGUUUCUCUCAAUACCAACGUACCUCAACAUCGACCAGUCCAGGCCACAGUUCCUCAUACAGUGCCAGUAAUUACGCUGCAGGGAUACCGACUCUACCGGGAUACCAGCAGUUAACCCUUGCCGACCUCACACGGAAACAGCGGCCGACCUCACCAGGCUUCGCCUCACCGACCUUCCCCAUUGGGUCAGGUCAUGUGUCACCGGGUCAUCAGGGGUCACCGGGUCAGAGUACAUCUCCUGGAGAUGCAAUAAUUACAGGCCCAGCACCUGGGACGUUUUACCACACUCAGAAUGCAGGCAAUAUCGCAGCUGCGGCCGCUGCUGCCGCCGCUUCUUCCUCCACAAACUCCCAACGUUUGCUGCACCAGCAGAUCACUCUAGAUUCAAUGCUGUAUGCUCACCAGGCUUUCCCAGAACCUCAUCGCAAACAGAAGCAGCAUCGGAUACCUUAAGGACAGAAGCAAAGAUGAAGCCAGGAAUCCAGCAGGUGCACGAACAGGUGCGCUUCUAUGGAAAGUGUGGGAGGGCUGAAAGUCUCCCCCUCCCAUUCUUUUCAUCCAGAUUAUUAAUAAUCUGAAUUUUUUUUAAACUCAGUUCCUUAAAACAUAGGUUACCCGAAAUGAACUACUUUCUCCAACACACCGAGUUUUAGAGUUUGAACUCGUCUAUGAAUUUUUUUUUUCCAAUAUGAAAAGCCAUCUGUUUUCAGUCACCUUAGUUUAAUAAAACCCCCUUAACCAUUUCAGUGAAAUGUACUUUACUUUUUGUGGAGCGUUGCAAUAGGAAGACUUGAAUCCAGAAAAGUUAAAAGUUAAAUCAGAACAUUUUUAAUUUGAUAUAUUUCAGAAUUUGAUAUUUUUCAGACACACGUGAUAUACUUUGUUUUAGGGAGAUGAUUGGUUUAGUUUUGUUGAUUAACUAUUUCAAGUCCAUUAAAUGCAAUCCUAUGUACAAAGAACCAUCUUCCAAACCUGUGAUAGAUAUGUUCAAAUAUAUAUACAUUGUGAAUUUUAAAUAAGUAGAUACUCCAUAUUUUUGACAUGACAUUAAUGCACUCCAUUUCUCAAAAUGGCUUCCAGACACAGUGGUGUAUGGUGAUAUGGAAGAGCACCCUCUAUAGACUGAAAAAUAAAGAUAUUUUUUUCUGUUGAGCUUCAGGAAAUGGUUGUAAAUUUGUAAAGUUGACGUCACCAAUCGAUGAAUUUGAAUAGAUGUGCACCUGUCUCUACCUGGACUAAAAAUUUGUCACAAUUAGCUGCCAUUUUGUACUUCUAAACGUAAAUUGUACAGAAAAUAAUGCUGCAGAAACCAAACUCAUGAAUUGAUGUUAGGACAAUCAGGAAUUUAUUCUUCUUCAAUGAAUUUCUAGUGUAAUUAUGAAGUACUUUAGCCGUGUGUCUCUGUAUGAACAAGCAUGUCUGUAAUUUUGUUUGAGCUACCGUCUUUUUUUCUAAACACAAUUUACACCAUACCUGUCAUAUUUUGACAUAAUCCAAGUUAUUGUAUAAUUGUUUGGGAACUGGCAAGAAAAAAAAUCUAAAUUAUUUCACCCACAAACAACUUGUUUCAUAAAUUAGGCUUUUUUGGGGGCUAGGAAAUGAAAAAAAGGGUGAAAUUGUCUAAAAUUGGAUUCCCAUCUUGUUUGGUAGCGGAUUGAAGAGGCCAGAUAACUUAAGAUCCUUCUUCUUGAGUUUGACUUGUGGUUUUUGUUUGUAUUUAAGGUUUCUUUCAUUCGAUUUCAUU